UCGGCUUUUUAACAUUUCUAUUUUUUCUGUAGGUUAAAACUUUUCACUACAAAGUGAAUUCAGAGUUAAAGAAAUGGCAUCAGCUCUGGUGUUGUUUGACGUUGAUGGCUGCACGGCCAUUGUUGAUUCAAAGAAACUGGUGCUAAAUGGAAAGGACCUUGUGACUGGGCAGAAGGGUCAUAUGAAGCUUGGCCGGGAGGAACUACAUGUAGAAAUACUUAAAGUGUCAGAUUCAAAGAGAUUCUUGAAUGAAUUUGAGGAUGAAUGGAGCACAACACAUCGGUCCAUUGCCUUAGAUAAGGAGAAGAAGAAGAGAAAGAACCGACCUGGCGGAUACCUUUCUGUUUGGCCCCAGGACAUGGACGAUGUUGUAACCCCAGUUGAGGAACUACCAGAUCCAGCAGAAGAGCAGCCUAAGGAGAAUGAAGAUGUUGAAGUAACAGGGGCACGCAAGAAGACUGCUGCCAGGAAAACAAAGGAAAAAGCAAAGGAAAAAUCU